AUGGAUAUAUUACUACUACUAUUGGUGGUUAUAAAGAAAGUAUUAAAUAAACUAUUACAAACUAUUUCAAAGCUAGUAAAUUUAUUGUCAAGACUUUUAAAUAAAGUUUAUAAUGAUAUUUUAAAUGAUUCGCAACCAAAUGUAUUCUUUAAAGAUUUUGCAUUGAAUAUUUCAUUUGUACUUUUGUGUAUUGGUUCAACUAUUGUAUUAAAUUAUAUUCCAAGACCUGAUCAUAUUUAUUAUAAAUUUUUAUACAGAUUUGAUACUUAUUUUUUUGAUUUAUGGUCACAACCAAUUGGUUCAUUAAGUGGGUUAUGUUUAACUAUACUAGGUUCGAUCAUCAUUUAUUCAUUAUAUUAUAAUAAACAAGAAGAAGUUAUAAAUAUUGCACAUUUUAAAUUGAAGCCAUUACAAAUUUCAUCUGUUCUAGAAUAUAAUGACCCUGCUUCACCAAUUUCAUUAACUUCAAGUACUAUUCCAUCACCUGAUUCAUCUACAUUUUCACCCACCACCGAGUCAAAUAUAACAGAUGAAGAACAUAUAUUAGAAUUAGAAACUAAUAAACAUCAACCAAAAACUUUAAAAGAUUUAUGGAAUUUAAUACCUGUUUUAUUAUUAUUAUUUUCAUGGUUUUUAUUAAAUAUACUAUAUACUUUUAAAUACCCUAUUAAUAAACCAAAAAAUAUAAUUGCAUGGAUAUUUCACGUACCUGUCCAUUUCAUAGUUCCACCAAUGAUUGGUUCAUGGUUAUAUUUAUUUCAUCCACCUAGUUCACUUAAAUUAUUUACAUUUACUUUGGGUCUUCAAAAUUUUGCAUUAUUAUUAACUUAUUUAAUUUUCCCAAAUGUACCACCCACAUAUAUUAAGAUUUACGGUGAUAAUAAAAUACCUAGUUUUGAUAUGAUUUUUACAGAUGGUGCUGCAAUUGAAGAUAAAAAAUUUUCUUUUCUUUUGCAUAAGGGGUUAUAUUAUGCUUCACCUUAUAAAUUUGCAUCUUUCCCAUCAUUACAUUCAUCAUUUGCAUGUUUGAUUUAUUUUUUUGUUUGUCAUUAUUCAACUUGGUCAAGCUUUAAAAUUUUGGGUCUAAUUAAUGUACUCGGUCAAUGGUGGAGUGAUUUAUAUUUAGAUCAUCAUUGGAGAAUUGAUAGUUUAGGUGGUUUAAUUUAUGCAAUUAUAACAUGGACAAUUUUAAAAUAUUAUACGAAUAAAUUAUCUGAUAUUGAUUUAAAAUUUUCAAAAGCUAAAUUAUAUGGUGAUUUUAUAAAUGGAAGUACAAUGGGUAUGAGAUUAUUUAAAAAUACAAGAUUACAAAAUUUAUUUGAUCCAGAGAAAUAA